AUGAAACCAUCCUUAAUGCCGUCGUAUUUUCUCCUCUUUUUCCUCUUCUUUGCUUGUGAUUCUUGUGCUCAAACAAAGCCGUCGUGCCCUCGAGACCAAAGCCUUGCCUUAAUCCAAUUCAACAGCUCCUUUUCCGUUCAGUGCUCCGACGCUUUGUCGACGUGUGGUGUACGGAACAUUACAUUGUCGUGGAAGAGAGGAAAGGACUGUUGUUUGUGGGAUGGGGUUAAGUGUGAUACUGAAACAGGGAACGUGAUCGGCCUUGAUCUUACUUGCAACUGCCUUGUCGGCGCUGUGCCCUCUAACAGCACUCUCUUCCGCCUCCGCCACCUGCGGGAGCUUUCCCUUUCUUUCAACGAUCUCCAGUCCUCCCCGGUGGCAUCGGAGUUCGGCGAUCUUACGUCUCUGGAGAUAUUGUAUCUUUCCGAUUGCAAUUUAACAGGUACAAUUCCAGCAUCUCUUGGUAACCUCACACAACUCAAGACUUUAGCUCUUUCACAUAAUCGACUCAGUGGUCUUAUUCCGUUCUCAGUUUUCAACCUCCCACAAGUUGAAUUUCUAGAUUUUUCGUAUAACAACUUGCUUGGUUCUCUUCCUUCUCAAGUUACCGGGCUUUCUCGAGUUGUUGAUCUGUUCCUUGAUCACAACUUCGUCAGUGGCAGGGUACCCUCCUGGUUGUUUUCUCUCCCAUCUUUAAGUAGGUUGGUGCUUAGUAACAACAAGCUCACCGGUCCGAUUCCCGAUCCAGUUUCCGAACUUGUGAACCUUACUCUUCUUGAUCUUUCUUCAAAUAAUUUGAGUGGCACCUUUGAAUUGGACCAACUAUCAGGGUUCGGUAAACUUGGGCAACUCUAUCUCUCGGGUAACGCUUUGCUAUCAUUCGCCAGUGCAAGCAAUGCCGAUUACUCUUUGCCGGAUCUUUCGAUAUUAAACCUCUCUUCUUGCAACACAAGUGAGUUCCCGAAUUUUGUAAGAAAUCUACCAGGCUUGGUGACUCUAGACCUUUCUCACAAUAAAAUCCGAUUCAUCGACGCCGAUAUGUUUGUAAACCUUAAAAACCUUCAAGAACUGGAUCUUUCACACAACAGUCCACUAUCGUUCAGCAACAUCAACAACCUUACUCUUGUCUUUCCCCUUCUUCGUACAUUGUCCAUGUCUUCUUGUAACAUAACCCAACUUUCAAAUUUCUUGACAACUCAAGAGAGUUUGACUAGUUUAGACCUUUCAAACAACAGCAUUCGAGGCCGGAUUACCGAACAAGAAAACAACUGGGGAAGCAACCUGGAAGUCCUUCAUCUUUCAAACAACUUGUUGACAGCUAUAGAAUAUUAUCCAUGGAAGAAUGUUGAAACGCUUAAUCUUGGUUCCAACCUGCUAGAAGGGCCACUUCUAGUCCCACCAGUUUCCACACAAAUCUUCUUAGUCUCGAACAACAGAUUGAUUGGAGAAAUUCCAUCUUCAAUAUGCAACAUUGGGUUUGAUUCUAAUAUUCUUGACUUGUCCCGUAACAACUUGAGUGGAGCAAUUCCAGAAUGUUUGGGCUAUGCAAAACUUAAUAGUUUGUAUUUACAUAAGAAUCAUUUUCAUGGAAACAUCCCUAAUUUUUGUGCUGAUGAUCGCAUGUUAAAUACACUUAACCUCAACGACAAUGAUUUCGAGGGCUCAGUACCUAAAUCCUUGGUUAACUGUGAGAAUUUGGAAGUGUUGAAUCUUGGAAACAACAAGAUAAAUGACACUUUCCCCCACUGGUUAGGAACUCUUCCUCGGCUACAGGUUCUUGCCUUGCGCGCCAACCAUUUCCAUGGUCAAAUAAGUCCAUCGGAAAACGGGUCACAUUUCUCGACCUUACGAAUCUUGGACCUCUCCCAUAACGAGUUCUCUGGACUUCUCCCAACAUCAUACUUCAAAAGUUUCAAAAGUAUGAUGGAUUUGUCUCAAGUUCAGAUGGGAUAUAUGAAUUCUUACUUUGAAGAUUCUUUGGUUAUCGCAAUGAAAGGUGUGGAGGUCGAACUCAAGAGAAUCCUCACUAUUUUUGCAACCAUCGACAUGUCGAGCAACCGAUUCGAAGGAACAAUUCCAGAAACAGUUGGAAACCUUGUGUCUCUCAACGUGCUCAACUUUUCUCAUAACCACUUAACCGGCCAAAUUCCUUCAGCAUUAGGGAAUUUGGCAACACUUGAGUCAUUAGAUCUCUCCUACAACGUGCUAGUUGGGAAAAUUCCUUCACAGUUGACUGACUUGAACUUUCUUGCGGUGUUAAACCUGUCAGAGAACCAGCUUGUUGGGCUCAUUCCUCAGGGAAAACAAUUCAAUACCUUCAUGAAUGAUUCCUACGUUGGCAAUCCAGGCUUGUGUGGGUUUCCAGUUUCGAAAAGUUGCGGCCGCAGUGAACCACCACCAGCAACUUUUGAUGAACAAGAAGCUGAUUCUGAGUUCGGAUUGGUUUGGAAAACCGUGAUGAUGAGUUAUGGAUGUGGAGUGGUGUUGGGAUUUUCAGCAGGAUAUAUAAUGAUGGAAAUUAGGAAGCCAAAAUGGCUAGUUGGAAUGGUUCAAAGAGCAGGCUAUCAUUGAGGAAGAUGGAUAAUUGCUCAUCGGUGCCAGGUUGUAUUCUGUUUUUAAAUGUUUGUAUUUGGUUGGCCAUGUGAGUUUUGAUGAGUCAAGUCUUGGGUCAUAUUAU